GUCGCCCACGAAUCUCCAUCUCUGAUAACCAUCUCGCUGGUGAUCGAACAUUCUUUCAGAGCAUCUGCUUCCUUCGUUUUCUUUCCCCAAAUCUUGUACUCAUACAAGUAGCAGUAGUUAUGGCAAAUCGGACUGUAAUAGUAUGGAUAGUCGCGAUGGUAUGCUUCGUAGUGUUGAUGUUUGUUACUCCGGCAAUCCCUCAAGAUCAGGAGUAUCAUGAUUUCGCCGAUCAACGUGAAUUCUUGGGUAUACCCAAUGCUUUGAAUGUCAUUUCAAAUGUGCCAUUCUUCAUUAUUGGUGUCAUAGGGCUCAUACUUUGCUAUUAUAGGAACUUUUUUAAGUUGAGUCUGCAAGGUGAACUUUGUGGUUGGACAUUCUUUUACAUUGGUGUGGCUGCUGUUGGUUUUGGAUCCUCUUACUAUCAUCUCAAACCGAACGAUGCGACCCUUGUUUGGGAUCGUUUGCCUAUGACAAUUGCAUUCACUUCUAUUAUUGCAAUAUUUAUCAUUGAAAGAAUCGAUGAGCGGAAGGGAACAUUCUCCAUCAUUCCCCUGCUGUUGGUUGGUGUAGUAAGCAUUUUAUUUUGGAGGUAUUUUGAUGAUCUCCGACCAUAUGCCUUGGUUCAGUUCGUACCUUGCAUUGCAAUUCCAGUGAUGGCCAUCAUGCUGCCUCCAAUGUACACACACUCUUCAUAUUGGCUAUGGGCUGCAGGAUUUUAUCUCCUAGCUAAGGUUGAAGAAGCUGCAGAUGAUACAAUUUACAACUGGACUCAUCAUAUAGUUAGUGGACACACUCUCAAGCAUCUGUGUGCUGCAAUGGUUCCUGUAUUCUUGACACUAAUGCUUGCAAAGAGGGAUAUCAUAACCGAGAGGGUAAGCUUGCUGCAGAUAUGGAAAGUAUCAUGGAGCAAGCGAAAAGCAAAUGGUGUGGAGACUGAGAAUCAAAGUUUCAGCUACACUAGUGUUCCUGUUGUCGAGUCUCGUGAAUGAGUUACUAACUUCACCUGUACAUAUAAUAUUAGCUCGUUUAAACACUGAUCGUUACAUAAAAUGCUCAUAGAAGUUGGCCAUAGUUUGUACACGCAACAACAUCUAGCACGGUUUUACCCCAUACGACAAGAAACCCAUCUUUUGUAACAUGA